UGAACCGCUUUCCGUACGAGACUCGAAAUGAGUGUUUGUCCUUUCUUGCUUUCCGUACUCUGCCGGAAGUGGGGGGGAUUUUUUUUUGUCGCGUUGUUUGGCUUAGUCCUUUUUCUCUCAGCUCUUGAGGUGUGCAGCUGAAGAUGACGGACCGCUACAACAUCCACAGCCAGCUCGAGCAUCUGCAGUCCAAGUAUAUCGGGACGGGCCAUGCCGACACCACCAAGUGGGAGUGGCUGGUAAACCAGCACCGGGACUCGUACUGUUCCUAUAUGGGCCACUUCGACCUGCUCAACUACUUUGCCAUUUCGGAGAACGAGAGCAAGGCCCGUGUGCGCUUCAACCUGAUGGAGAAGAUGCUGCAACCGUGCGGCCCCCCGGCUGACAAGCCCGAUGAUGCCUAGCAACAGCAACCCGAUAACCCCCUCCAUCCACUGGCCACGUCUAACAAGAACCAUGAAGCCAGGCAGUGACUGUCCUUUGCUGGACAGUGAAACUUUGCUUGGUUGGACACAAAGUGAUUAAAAAUCUCUGAGGCACUAUUCAGCAACAACCUGUGAAGCUUUGAGGCAACAUUUGUUUUUAUAACCUCUGUUUCACUUUUGUAAUUUUUUUUUUUUUAUUGUGUGUACCAUGUAGCAAAGUGAGACAUUAAACAUUUCUCUACAUUUAGUUGUUCCCUACAUUAUGCCUUGGGAUAUAAUAGCACAUUUGCAUGCGCACAUUUGAUCUUGUGAGCAAAUGGAAGGUAUCAUUGAAAUUUAUUAGUAACCUGAGAUGAAAAUGUCCAAAUUCAUAAGCAAACUUGCUCCAUCACCACAGACUCCUUUCUCUACCUCCUGCUAAAAGCACUCAGAUUGAGAUGUUAGUGGGAAGAUAGCCUGUUUUCACAUCUUGAUGACUGCCCUGAAAAAACUAAAUGCCAAGAAAGGUUGGGAUAAAGGGUCAAAAACAAAGUUUAAUGCAAUACCUCAUGUCUUCAAAAUAAUAAAUGGAACUAAAAGGACCUCAAGAAUAUAAAUAUUCCACACGUGCAUCUGUGUUAAUCCUGUUGAUGAGUCUCCUGCCACAUUGAUGUCAUGC